AUGUCACCUCUCCUCGACUGGCUAGUCGAGCAUGAACCGUUAUUCCGCAAAACACGCCUGCCCUCGCUAUACUCCGACCUCAACCUCCAGCGCAUCUCCAACCCUGAAGGCUAUACCGCCAACGUCACUGCGUGGGCGUCCGCCCUCUCUCGCAGCGCUCUCGCGGGACAAAUUCCCCAUGAACAACAUCAUUUGAUUCUGCAAACGAGUGACGAGCUACUCGGUGCACUGGCGAGCCCGAUGUAUGGUAAGCCUAGUGGGCUUGGGAGUGUUAUAGAUGAGUGUCUGAGGCAGGGGAAGAUGAUUGAUCUACAGGAUUUUAUCAACUUGGAGAGCAGCAUCUAUUCCAAAAGUUGGAUACCAAGUCCGUGGGCGGUCCUGCGUUGGAGCUUACAGAAGGCCGGGCUAUCGUGGAGCACCGGCAGUUUUGAUUUACGCGGUGGGAGGUUAAAAAGAGGGAGCCUAGCGCUGGUUCCGGCAUUGGAAGAAGUCUGGAAGAGACUGUGUGCUGCCAGGGAGAAAGAUGCAAAGGCACAGACGCUGACUGAGAGAGUGAUGACCCGGGAGAUGUUUCUGAAGGAGGUUAACAGCGUCCUUCCUCAGGCCGGCGAGAUGACAGGGUCACUGUCAAAUCAAGACCUCGAAGUGUUGCUACGCUACCUCUCCCGGGACAAACAAAUGCUGGCCUACGAUGCCGGCACGGUGAAGUUCAAAGCCCCUCCCUCUACAGCCUUACCCGAGCCGAUAACUCAAGAAGACCGCUCCAUCGCCUCGUUGAAGUCCCUCAUUGAGUAUCUCCGGCAAAAGACCACGACUCUUUCCACGCGCAUCACAACACUGCAAAACAAAGCUUCGUCCGCCGUGAAAGCGGGCAAUAAACCUAGCGCUCUCUCGGCUCUUCGCUUGAAGAAACUCGCGGAACGAAACCUCCAACAGCGUCUGGACACACUGCAUCAGUUGGAGGAAAUAUACAGCAAGAUCGAGUCUGCGGUGGACCAAGUCGAAAUCCUCGCCGUCAUGGAAUCGUCUGCUUCCGUGCUCAAGACUCUAAAUAAGCGGAUAGGAGGGGUUGAGCGCGUGGAGGACGUCCUGGAGAGCUUGAGCAAGGAAAUUAGCAAAGUCGAUGAAGUCUCUGAAGUUUUGGCCGAGCCCGUGGACCAGAAGGUGAUUCUCGAUGAGGAUGAAGUAGACGAGGAAUUCGAGGCGAUGGAGAGAGAAGAGCGCGAGAAGGCCAGAAAAGUCGAGGAGGAAAAGACCAGGCAGAAGCUCCAAGAGCUAGACGCGCUUGAACAGAUCCGGAAGGAGAGGGAGAGGGAGAGAGAAAGGGAAAAAGAAAAGCAACGAGAAGACACGGCGCUGAAGCAAGAUGACCAAGCCGAAGACCGGGAGUUGGAACAAGCCCUGUCGACGAGUAUAGAACAAAUGCAGAGAUUGGAUAUUUAUCCGCAAAGAGAACAAGGCAGGCAAGGACAAGAUGGGAUAGAAACACAGGGCCAUGCAGCGCAAAUGGCUGAAGAAGCAUCAUAG